AAUCAUAUCCUCACCUUAAUGUCUGUAGCUGCUCAAAUCUACAAACACCCCAGCCUGAAGAAUUCUAUCAACCUCGUGGUGGUGAAGGUAUUGGUGGUGGAAAAUAAAAAGGAUGGACCAGAGGUGUCUGACAAUGGAGGCCUGAUGCUGCGGAACUUCUGUAACUGGCAACAAUUCUUCAACCCUCCGAGUGACCGUCAUCCAGAACACUAUGACACUGCAAUCCUGCUGACGAGACAGGAUUUCUGUGGUCAUCAAACCUGCAGGACCCUUGGAGUGGCUGAGACUGGCACUAUGUGUGACCCAAACAAAAGCUGUUCUGUGAUAGAAGAUGAAGGUCUCCAGGCAGCAUACACCUUGGCCCAUGAACUAGGGCACGUGCUCAGCAUGCCCCAUGAUGACUCCAAGAGCUGUGAGAGGCUCUUUGGGACACUAGGAAAACAUCACAUGAUGGCUCCAUUGUUUAUUCAUUUAAACAAGACUUUGCCUUGGUCCCCCUGCAGUGCCAUGUAUAUCACAGAAUUCCUGGAUGGAGGGCAUGGUAACUGUCUACUUGAUGAACCAGCCCAACCUAUUGCUCUCCCAACUGACCUUCCAGGCCAAAUACCAUUGUAUAACCUAGACCAGCAGUGUCAGCAAAUAUUUGGCAAAGAGUUCCAACACUGCCCAAAUGCCACACAGGAAGUAAUCUGCUCCCAGCUCUGGUGCAAGUUGGAAACUGGGGAGCAACUGUGCCACACCAAAAAUGGCAGCUUGCCCUGGGCUGAUGGGACACCCUGUGGGUCAGGGAAAAUGUGUUUGGAUAGCCACUGUGUGGCACAACAUACAGUGAUGCCCAAGCCUGCUGUGGAUGGAAAUUGGGGUUCCUGGAGCUCAUGGGGUCCAUGUUCCAGGACAUGUGGUGGAGGGGUGCAUUUCUCUUACAGAGAUUGUGACAACCCAGUGCCUAAAAAUGGAGGCAAAUACUGUGAAGGACAAAGAGUCCAAUAUGAGUCUUGCAACAGUGAGGAAUGCUCCCCAAAUGACAAAAGCUUCCGAGAGCAACAGUGUGAAAAAUAUGACAGGUACAACUUCACCGACUUGAAUGGAAAUUUGCUAGAAUGGGUUCCUAUGUAUGCUGGAGUGUCUCCUCGAGAUCGUUGCAAGCUGAUCUGCCGGGCUAAAAGGGGGAAUGAAUUCAAAGUAUUUGAGACCAAAGUGAUUGACGGGACAAUAUGUGCACCUGAUACACUGUCUGUCUGUGUACAUGGUCAGUGCAUUAAGGCUGGUUGUGAUCAUAUUAUUGGGUCUCCCAAGAAACUAGACAAGUGUGGAGUUUGUGGUGGCAACUGCUCAACUUGCAGAAAAAUAUCUGGCUCACUCAACAAAUCCAAGUUUGGGUAUAACGACAUUGUCACAAUUCCUGCAGGGGCAACCAACAUUGACAUCAAACAACACAGCCGACGAGGAGUGAGGCAUGAUGGAAAUUAUUUAGCUCUGCGGACACUGGAUGGCAAAUACCUACUGAAUGGAAACUUCACUGUUUCAGCUAUGGAACAAGACAUUUUUGUAAAGGGGACUGUCCUAAGGUACAGUGGCUCCCUUACCACCCUGGAACGCCUUCAAAGUUACCAGCGGCUCCCUGAAUCCAUUGUUGUUCAGGUGCUGACCGUUUCCAGUGAGAUGUUCCUCCCCAAGGUAUUUCCUUCUCCAAAGGUGAAAUACACCUUUUUUAUCCCCAAGGACAUCCAAUUCAGCAAGCAGAAGAUCAAGGAGAAAAGUUUGGCCAACAUCAUCAAACCCUUGCUGACUUCCCAAUGGGUUCUGGGAGACUGGUCUGAGUGCUCCAAAUCCUGUAGUUCAGGUUGGCAAAGACGAACAGUAGAAUGUUUGGAUGUGGAAGGGCAGUUUUCAUCAACCUGUGACAAGGCCCUCAAGCCUGAGGACAUCAAGCCUUGCAGUGAUCUUCCUUGCCCAAUCUGGCAGAUGGGACCAUGGUCCCACUGUUCCCAAACAUGUGGAGAGGGAGUGCGGACACGAAGUGCCUUGUGUAUUGACUACCUAGGUAAACCAAUUGCCUUAGAGAAAUGCAAUUCAUCACAGCCCCCAGCAGCAACUACUCCCUGUCUGCUUCAAGAGUGCUGAAGUGAACUGAGGGGUGACAUGUGAUCUAAGAAGCAUCUGUAACUUAGUCUAAUUACUAACCUAACUCAAACCAGGCUUGGCAUGUCCAAGCAAGGAAAUAGUUUUAAAGGCAAAUGGGCACUAAUUGACUUGAAGAGGCCCUACUUCAUAUACCUGUUUGAAAGAUUACAAGGCAUUGAUUACCACCCUCUCUCUCUUUUUCUUUUGUGCUUUGUUUUCCUCCAAAUUGACAUCUACCUCAGUGGGGAAAAAAAUAGAAUUUUUGAUAAAUCAUAUGACAUUUUGGAAAAAAAAAAAGUUUGCAGGUCAAUACUUGGUAACUAAGGGAAAUUUGUGUCCUAAAUUUCACCCAGCAUCUUCAUGGGUUGUAUUCUAGAGACAUUAUUUAAGACGCUGUUAUUCUUCAACUGUAAAGGUAAUCUCCAUGAACCACAAUAAUGUGCAUCCUGCAGUGAACAAAAUAGCUACAGUCUUUGGGGAGGGUGGGCAUACAAGAUUCCAUCUUUGAUAUUGGCAAAAAUAAUUCAAUCCUUGAUUUAGUUGAUGCAAAUGUAAAUCAGGGCUCAUAGCCUGAACAAAUCUAUUCCAUGGACUUUUAUUGGGAUUACGUGUAGGCUUAUGCAAUGUUUCUUCAAAUAUUAUCAUAAGAGCUUUGGAACUGCAAUGGUUUGUUAGCUGGCUUAGUCUGCAAUUGACCAUGAAAUCUUUAUCAAUAGUCCUACGUAUGCCCUCCUGUUAGAUGAGGAUGUCAUUCUACAAUAGCACACCCAUGCUGCCGUUCACUCCCUCCUCUUAGCAUUGGGGAUUCAAAAUGGCAGAUGCAAUCCAUGCUUCUCUUUGUGGCCAUAUAUGUGGCCAUUUUGGGAGCUUAGCAAUAUGAAUGCCAGCAUUGGAGGAAAGAUAACUUUAAAAAUAUAUUUGUAGGAUAUGACUCUAGAUCCAUUCUAAUAUUAGGGGUGAGUGCAUGAUUAAUAUUUCUCCUUCCCUCCAAUUUUUUUUUGGGGGGGCACAAUCUUAGAAUCACUAAAGUUCACUAAAAAUAAGUAGGAUUUUUCUUGUACUUUCCUAAGAUUAUUUGAUAAUGUCAUUAAGAAGUGUCCCUUGUCACUUGCAGAUAAAACUCCUUCUUUGAAGCUGCAAUUUGUAGAUCAAGACAUGAGGUCAGCAAACAAAUGCUAUGAAUAUUAACCAAGGCACAUUUAUCCAAAUUAUUGGGGCACUCCUGAUCUGUUGCAUAAUGGAAACAAAGAAUUUUCAGCAGCCUCUUGACUCUUGGCUUGGGUUAAUCACAGUUUAGCAUUUUCUCAUCCACAUAAACUCUUCAUUACUUCUAGCCUAUUAUGUGUUUGUCAGCUUAUGCAUUUAUCAAAAGGGUUAUUUGAAAAAAAAAUUAUAACCUUUUUAUCAGAUUCCUUAUUAUUUGUGAACAGAUGAUCCAGUUUUAGUGUGAAUCAAAUGGAUGUGUCAGUAUUUACAUUUAUAUCUCCAACCUCUCUGGACUUUUGUCUUCGGACUAGUUUUCAGACUAAAGUAACUUAAGGCUCACAUAUGUGAAACAAGGAAUUGGUGCUUACUUACCAUAUUACCACUAUUCUACAAUGUGUAGCAAAGUAUUUAUCAUUUUUUCUGAUUCUGUUUUAGCCAUUGUGCUCAAAAUGAUAUUAACAAACCUAGUACUAAAACAUCUGGUCUAUAUAUUCUUGAAAGAUGAUGGUGCUCUGAUUCUCCUAGAUUAGCUUUUAGCAUUUUCCGUGAAGAAUUUUGAAAGUGCUGAAAAAUACAUUUCCUUUUUGCUCUUUAGCACUCCUUGCAACGUUCACUGUGUGUCUUCACUUGCUGUAUCCACACUUUCAGUAGCUCUCAUUCUGAUUAGCUGCUUAGCAUUCUAAUGGGAUUCUGUUUCCUGCAUGAUCCCUGAUCAUCUGUGUGAUUUAUUUAGGAAACAGUUUAUUUUUUGUAAAUAAACAAGGAAUUCUGCCUUUAAAAACAUUGUUCCAAAAUAGCAACAAUAACAUAGUUCUUUCCACUCUUAAAUUAUGCUGAUGAAAUAAGGAAUAGUUAAAGAGAAGCCAGAUAUUUUGGUGUGAAAAGGUAGCGAGUCUCCGUUUUGGGACAAAAACAACAUCCUGGUCAGAGAGUGUGUUUAAUGUUGCCUUGUUCCAUAAUUCCAACUGGUAUAUGGUCAACCCUAGCCAUUAAUUUGCAUCUGUCUCUUACAGAUAGAUCUCAGUUCUACCUGGUGAAAUACAAAGAUACAAACACACUUGCACAAGGUUCUUCUAUUUCUUGCUGCAUGCAAAUAGCCAAAAUUUUCUUCUUUAAAGACCACAAUGGAUAAGUAAGAUGGUUCAUUAUAUAUUAAUAGAAUGGGGGAAAGAACAUGCAGAUUUUGAUUCUAAUAACUAGGUGUAGAAGAAGAUAGGUUGCAGUCACUGUUAAGAUUCUGCUGAACUUCCAUCUGCAUUUGAACUCCAAACUCAAUAUAACUGAGGAGGGACUGUCUGUCUGCCUUUCAUCCAGGCCCAGUACAUCCUCAUUCAUCUUCACUGAAAUCGCUAUCCUGUAAUUGUCUCCUAUUUGGCUAUCUGCUAUAGAGCAGGCAGAUCUUCUUCCUGAGGCUGAACUCCUUCCUUCCCAACUAGGAGUCCUGCCAAAAUCAAGCAGAAUUGCCAAGGAAUAUCUCUGGCCCAGACUGUCUGGCCCUAAAGCAGACACCCAAUCAGUGAACUUCUACCUUUUUAAGCAAGCUGUCUUUGAUUUGCACUGGGGUCUGAUGCUCCCUGGUAAUGAGAGAUAUCUCAGAAAAGAUCUCCAAGAAUACUAAGAUUCCCUGCUUUGAGAUAGAUUUGGAGCUAGAAGAGAGGGAAUAAUUUAUUCAAGAAAGAUCUUUCUUUCUCUGCUUUUCUCAGGUUCCUUCUGUAUCCAUCUAGCAGCUGUUUGUGUCUGAUUACACUGUGUUUUUAAAACAAAACAUUAAUACAAUUUAUCUCUUUUCUUUCUUUCUUUCUUAAAAAACAACAAUUCCUUGAGGAUUUUGGAACAUAUUUUUUUCCUAUCUUGCUGGAAAAUUACCAUUUGAAGCAGACAAUGUUAGCACUCACUCAUGAAUAUAUCCACUCUAGGGAAAAUGCCCCUAACUGUUUUUUCAAGCAGCAAACUGUGCAUCUGUGGACUUGUAAUGUUACUCUCCAGUUUUCUGCUUGAUCAGUUCAGCAUCAAGCAGUAGACACACUUCGUAUUAAUUGAUAGUCAAGGGUGGGAUUUGACCUGCCAGCUGAAAUGGAUUUCAUUCUGCUAUCUCUAGCAAGAGGUUAAUGCAGGAUCCUCAUCCUCACGAUGAAGUGCCUCAUCUGGGGACUUAAUAUAGAUGGGAUGCUUGCUUACAAUGACAUCUGUGCCAAGGCAACAUCAGCCAUUCUGAGGCAAGAAAGAAUAUUUUGGCUUUUGCAUUCAAAAUGUGCAUUAUGAAGCAGAAAGUGGUAGGAAUCUGGACCAUAAAAGAGCCAGAUUGAAAUUUGUUAUUUCUUUUAUUGAAAAAGAUUCCUGUAGUUAAUAUCUCUGGAAUAUAGAGUGGACUUCACAAAACCUAGCCUUGAUGUGGUAGCUUACUAUGUACAGAGAGUUUCUUUACAUGGAGGGGAUUAAUUCCUUCCCCAUCUACAGACAGAAAGAAGCAUCAGUUUAUUUUGUACAAUGCUCAGAAUACAUUUUCAGGACUGCUGGGCAACCCAUCAACAGAAAGUUGAAAGCAAAUGAAGGCAGUGCUCUGCUGACUUAUCCUAUGGAAACCAGAUAUGAGCAUCUUUCUGUACUACAAAUUUAAUUUUAAAUAUUAGUGUUGAAAAUCAUUAAGUAUCUGGGCAACGGGUACAAGAAACAGAAUACUUGGGAAAUGGGAAAGGAAUAUCAUGGCAUUGCCUGGAUGUUUGCUUUUGGGACUGACAUUCUGUAAAAGCAGCACUGGCAACUUCAAGAAGGGUGUGCCAAAGGCAGAAGUGAUGCUCUUUCUGAAAAUAGGAACUUUUAAACAAAGCUGCACCCCAUUGCAUGCAUAUUUUAAUGGAGAAUCUUCAGCUCUAACUGCUUGGACUUAGAGCAAAGAGUGAAGCUUAGUUCCCUUAUGCGAAGCCAAGAGGGGUUCUUUCAACAUAGGAUCUGUCUUUAAGUAAAGGACCUGACCCUUGGCCCACUUUCUGACAAUAGAAAGGAAGCAGGCUUUGUUCUUCUUGAAGGAAGCAAGUUAAUGACUACUUAGAGGGCACUGCACUGGAACAGCAACUACAGCCUAACACACAAACUUUCUCUCUCUCUCUCUCUCUCUCUCUCUCUCUC